UUUGCUUUUAAUUUUUUUCUUCCCAAGGGGCGCGGAAAUCCAGAGCCAGUAAGGAGAGCGCAGCUUUCCAAAGCGCCCCUCUAUGCCUACGCCUGACAUCCCAGGCUCGCUAGGAACAGCGCCUUACUCACCCUGCGCACAGACUGUGCCACCAGGCCUCGACUCGAGUAGCCCGCCGCCAAAAAGCCGCGUGCACCAUGCAGUCCCCGACCGCCUGGCUACCCGCGCUCAACGCCUUGCGGCCCUCCCUGUUCUGGCACCCCUUGCUACACCCUCCAUGUCCUGGCCCUCAGCCCCCUCUGGCUGCGCUUCGCUGCUGUGCGCCCAGGGCGCGCCCGGGCCAGCCCGAGGUGGCUGAGAGCGGUGGCCCGACGGCGGCGGCGCUGCUGCUGCUUGUCGGCCUGCUCCUGGCGCUGCCUGGCCUGCUGCACUGGUUGCUGCUGCAGGCUUGGCAUCGUCCCUUCUGCUACCACCGGCCCGCUCCACUGUGCUGGGUGCCGCCUGCGCCCCGGCGCUCGCCAGCCGAGCCGGUGCGUUGUUGCUUGGUCUUCCUCUCGGCCAACCUGUGCUUGCUCCCUCAUGGGCUGGCAAGCUUCAACAACCUAUCGCACAAGCAGCGGCGGGCCGAGGCCAUUGGUGCCGCGCUGCUGGUCCGCCUCCGGCCCUCGCUGUGACUGGUGGCCGCACUGCCCGCGGGUCUGGACUUCGUGUCCCUGCAAGAAGUGUUCGAUCUGCGCGCGGUCGUCGCUUGGUGGACCGCCUGGCGCCGAAUCAGCCCGGUGCUGUACGACUUCGGCACGCUCAGCUUGCAGCCCGGGCUGCACCUCAAGCUGCUGGGCAGCGGGCUGCUGCGGGCCAUCUUCUAUUGCUUCCCCAACACACGUCGCGAGGACGCGCUGACCUGUAAAGGCCUGCUGUCCGCACAGGUACCGACCGACCUGCCAGCCACGGUCCACCUUGGUUGGGGAGGAGCCGGGGCGUCUGUAGUAUUGCAGGCACAGCUGGACAACCUGGACCGGUGCUGCAUGGUGGGAUUCCUGCACGCACCGCCUAGGGAGCCCUUCUGUUCCUACCUCUACCUGCACCUCUGUGCCCCACCUCCCAUCCAGAGAAGUGACAGAGUGGGUUCACAGAUCUGGAGAGGGGAGGUGUACAGGAUGGGAUCCGCACCCUGGACGAAGCAUACCCACACCCCUUCCUUCCGAAGAGCACCCGCCCUUGCCCUGAGAGCAGCUGUCACUGUUGUUGACUGGGCCCAGCAGUUUGAGGCCGAGAGCCGCCAGAAUGACGAGGUCGUUGCCCUCAGUGUGCUUCUCAGCGGCCUGAACUUCCACAACCGCUCGAAAUAUCACUCCCAGAAGCAGCAGCACAAGCUCUUCAGCUGCUUCCCGGACCCCUGCCGGCUGGGCACCCGCCAGUAGCAGCCUUGGGCCAUGGGGACCCGAGAUGCUGUGGAGGAUAAGGGGUGACACCUAUACCUGGCAGCUCCUCCCUACGGAAGGAGCCGCACAAAACCCUGGCGGCCCGGCGCUUGGACUAUAUACAUCACAUACGGGAGAGUCCUGGGCCGGCUGAGUCCACCAUAAGUGGAACGGGUGACGUUCAACACCGCCCUGGCAGGGCUCACGGACCACCUGGCCAUAGGCCCACAGCUCCGCGUCUCCAUGCCCUCAUAGCCCCGGCAGCGCA